AUGUCAGUAUCUAGACUCCCACACGAGGUUCUUGUUAAUAUCGCAUUCUACUUGCCGAUAGAGUGCUGUAGCGAGACUGCAUUAGUUUGCCGAGCAUGGACGGUACCUUUCAUGGAGAAAGCAUGGAGUAUAAUCCAAAUAUCAACAGAAAAAAAAGCAAAAGCUCUAUACAACCUACUUUUGAAUGAAAAAUCCCUUGUCCACAGCCAUGUAGACGACGUAAAGAGCAUCAUUAUCAACGGGGACGUCAUCUUGCCCGAAAAUGUAUUUCUCUCUCUUCAAGACAAUUUCCAGUCAGUAGUAUAUCUUCAGAUCACCUCCAGCACUUUUCAGAACUACUGUACUUAUCCAUACCACAACUGGAAAAAAUGGAAAUCUUUGACCAUACUUUACCUUCAUGUUCUGAGCGAUAUAUUCGGCAUAGAGGAUAUCGUACCUGUGCUCUCAUACCUGCCUAAUAUCGCCGAGCUCAACCUCGGAAAUAGUCAUGAUCUCAGUCAAUACAGUAUGCGUUGGACACAUUUAGAUCUGUUACAAGAGCAGCUACCCAAACUCGAUACCCUCAUUCUGUACCUAGAUCUCGAACCAAUAGAUACCACAGAUUUUGAGACAAUAUCUUCAGGUCCCGUACAUCCUAGGUUAAUUUCUUUUUCCUACUAUGGAAAGCCCUUUUCCAUGACAUGGCUUUAUUAUUGGGCUAAAAGAUAUCCACAGCUAUGCGAACUUUACAGCAUUUGUCGCCCAGUCGAGAUACCGAAAGUCGAAACCACAAUAUCUGUACUACAAGCAAUGCUGAAACUGAAGGACCCACUAAACCACUUGGAAACGGCUUUCUUUAGAAGCAAUCCGCGUGGUGGAAUUAUAGACCCCUCUUUUUUACAGAUACUCUUCUUAAAUACAAACCACUUGAUGGAUGUCAACUGCCUCGUUUCUACACGAGACGAAGAUUCAUCCAACACAACUAGCGUACUAAAAGCCUUGAUGCGAUCAUACAAGUCUCUUUUAAGACUUACACUGGAAAUUAAGGAAUACAGCUCAUAUCCAACCUCAAUAAUCAAUUCAUUCAAGAUUUGUCCUUCUUUGGUAGUCUUGGAUAUCAAGUCCAGAGGAACUGUAUUCAAGCUUGACCAAAUCUUAAACUAUUUCCCGGUUUUGGUGACAAUGAAACUCAACAUUAAAAAACUCUGCCUCAGUCAAAGUGCCAACAAACUUCCGCCAAGCCAUUCUCUGCGAAAUUUUGAAAUUCAAAAUGCUGAUUUUGAUUUCAGUCUGUUCAGUUAUCUCUCUAGACGCUGCUACUUCAUAGAUACGUUCUUUAUGUCUCAAGUACUGAUAACCGAAUCACCCUAUCUGUGGCAUGGAUAUAUCUUUAUCGACAUGCCGUUCAGUUCAUUUACAUCAAUAAAGUUUGAUCGCGUAUAUGUUCGUGGAGUAAAAGGUCCUAUCAACAAUAUGAAAAAUGUGCUGCUAUCGAUUACCCAGCUUUAUGACCAGCAUUGUCGUAUAGAUUUGUUGCCUGACCUCAAAGCCAAGAUCAAGGGUACUAUCUUAUUUAAAGGAUAUAUAGAAGAGAACACCGAUUCCGAUAUAAGGUGGGAAAAUAUUGCAGAUAAAGAUUCAAGUGAAUUUCUUGCAAAUUUCGAAAGCAUUGAAGCCGGAAACAAGAUCCCACUUCGCCAAUUUAAACCCAAAGGAUGGUUUGAAAUACUUACUUGCGUAUCCGAUUGUGAAGAUACUUUAGAUAUAGAAGUCAUUCCGUUGAAUUACAUCAAAAUUCGAUGCGAAGUUAUUGAAAGCUUUGAUCUUACUUAUAAAAGUUCAAUAUAG